AGGCGUCAUAACAGGCCUCCUCGUCGGUCACGUGAUCUGCGGCCCUGAUGACGCGCUGCCUCCUGACGACGGUUGCCGAGCCUCAGCGUGCAGCACACGGACGUUGUCCCGACAAAUGCCGUUACAUUUGUAGUUUUGACGAAUAAGAAGAAAGGGAAAAAAAAAAAAAAACUACUAAUAACAAUUAAACGUGUGAUUUUCCGCGGCGGGCAUUAAAAAAAAAAAAACAACAACCCCAUGUGGGGUUUUCUUAACGAAUGAGAUAUGAAUAUCGUGUCAGGGUUACGAACUGGUGCGUUCUCUUAUAAGAAGUGAUUCCGGUUCAGGGGGGAAGGUUUGAACGGCGCUGUGGAAAGUGACCAUUGUUGUAAUCAGGUCGAGGCUGUUAUCAUUUCCACUUGCUGACUCUCAUAGAUUUUUUUUUUUUUUUUUUUUUUUUUAUAUACUGGUUAACAUCUGCGGAACGUGCAGCGCUUCGCAAGAGUGUCAUGAAAGAGAUGUCAAGCACCAUGCCUGGUGGGCAGCAGCAGCAGCAGCAGCCUCAGAAACACUACGGCAUCACCUCCGCCAUCAGCCUCGCCCCCCCGCGAGAAAUAGACCACCAGUACACCAAGAAACUCUGUGAUGCUAUGAAGCCUUUUGGGGUGUUUGAAGACGAAGAGGAAUUGAACCACAGACUUGCAGUUCUCGGGAAGUUGAAUAACUUUGUUAAAGAAUGGAUCGCAGAGAUCAGUGAAUUAAAGAAUCUUCCACCAUCAGCUAUUAGCUGUGUUGGGGGCAAGAUAUUUACAUUUGGUUCGUACCGUCUUGGAGUGCACACAAAAGGAGCUGAUAUUGAUGCCUUAUGUGUGGCUCCACGCCACGUAGAGAGAAGUGACUUUUUCCAGUCUUUCUUUGAGAAGUUGAAACAGCAUGAAGAGAUCAAAGACCUGAGGGCUGUCGAGGAUGCUUUUGUACCCGUGAUAAAAUUCAAAUUUGAUGGAAUAGAGAUUGACCUGCUCUUUGCCAGACUGGCCUUACAGUCCAUUCCAGACAACCUGGACCUGAGGGGAGACUCCAUCUUGAGAAACUUGGACAUUCGGUGUAUCCGCAGCCUCAACGGCUGUCGAGUGACUGAUGAGAUUUUGUACCUGGUGCCAAACAAAGAAAACUUCAGGCUGACAUUGAGAGCUAUCAAACUGUGGGCGAAACGUCGUGGGAUCUACUCCAACAUGCUGGGCUUUCUGGGUGGAGUGUCGUGGGCCAUGCUGGUGGCCAGGACCUGCCAACUCUACCCCAACGCUGUAGCUGCCACACUCGUCCACAAGUUCUUCUUGGUUUUCUCUAAAUGGGAGUGGCCAAAUCCUGUGUUACUGAAACAGCCUGAGGACAGUAAUUUGAAUUUACCCGUGUGGGAUCCCAGAGUGAAUCCAUCCGACAGAUACCACCUGAUGCCCAUCAUCACGCCUGCCUAUCCCCAGCAGAACUCCACGUACAACGUCUCCACGUCAACACGCACCAUCAUGAGCGAGGAGUUCAAAUAUGGCCUCAGCAUAACAGAUGAGAUUCUUCUGGGAAAAGCAGAAUGGUCCAAACUCUUUGAGCCACCCAACUUUUUCCAAAAAUACAAGCAUUACAUCGUUCUGACUGCCAGUGCAUCCACAGAAGAAAAUCACUUAGAAUGGAUCGGCCUGGUGGAGUCAAAGAUCCGCGUUCUGGUGGGAAACCUGGAGAGGAACGAGUACAUCACCCUGGCUCACGUCAACCCCCAGUCCUUCCCCGGGUCCAAAGAGAACCGCAACGAGAACGACUUUGUGUCCAUGUGGUUCAUUGGGAUCAUCUUCAAGAAAGUGGAGAAUGCGGAGAGCGUGAACAUUGACCUGACGUACGACAUCCAGUCCUUCACAGACACCGUGUACAGACAAGCCAACAACAUCAACAUGCUGAAGGACGGGAUGAAGAUUGAAGCAACACAUGUGAAGAAGAAACAGCUCCAUCAGUAUCUUCCUCCUGAAGUUGUGCAGAAGAAGAAGAGGAGCAUAGCAGAGUUGAACCGUAGCUCUAAUGGCGGGAGUUCUAAGCGGAUCUCUCUGGACAGCAGUCACCUGGACAGCUCCAGAGACACAGACUCAGGGACUCCCUUUACCUCCCCAGCCAGCAAACCCACCAAGCCUGUUUCUGACACAGACGACAGUGUCAGCCCUCCCAAACAGCUUUUUGUGGAAGGCUCCCCAGCAGCCAGUGCGGCGGCGCCCAGUGCGGCGGCGCCCAGUGCAGCAGCGCCCAGUGCAGCAGCGCCCAGUGCAGCAGCAGCCAGUGAAGCGGCACCCAGUGCAGCAGCCAGUGAAGCACCCAGUGAAGCGCCUAGUGCAGCACCCAGUGCAGAACCAGCUGCUAAAGACGAGGGCAUGUCUAUUCCUGUCAUUGGCUCACAGCCUCCAGUUAAAGCCAGGCCAGUUUCCCCACCAGUCAGCAGCAGUGUGAUCCCCAAUGCCGCCAGCAGCCCCAAGAUGGAGCCCAACGGUCUAGAGGAAUCCAUCAACGGCGCUCCCGCCAAGAGACCACACUCGCCUACAGAGGAGGACCUGGCCAAGAGGCACAAAGAAACGGAGGUGGUGUCCAAUGACGACUCCAUAUUCAAGGAGCCGUAUCCUCCCGCCUCUGACUCCUGUACACCUGGAGAAGGACCCAAUAUUACCCCUCUCUCUGGAUCAAAGGCUAAACCCAUUCCAACCAUUGAUACCUCAAGAACACAGAGACUUCCCAGCAUGGAGCUGCCAGACGCCUCCUCGCCCCUACCUGCCAGCAACAGUUGUCGUGUUGUGAAAAACUCAAUUAAACUGGCCCUCAACCGCCACAACAUCACACCUCCCAAGCCCCCAAUGUUCGAGGGCACUCUUACCACUGACGCUCCCCCUGCCAGCGAAGAGAAGGGCAUGUCCAUUCCUGUCAUUGGCUCAAAACAUGUGACAUCCAAACAUGUGGUGCCCGCCGUCGGCAGCUCCAUCCCCACAUUAGUGAGCCGAGGAGCCGAUCCGCUGAACGGAGCAGCCUCCAAGAGACCGCACUCCCCCUCUCUGGAGGAGCAGGCCAAGAGGCUGAAAGAAACAGAGAAGGCCAGAAUCCACAUAGCUUGAACACGCGUCUAACAAACUGGAUUCAUACUCACACAGAGGUCGGGCUUCAUAGUUAAGUCAAACACCUAGAAGGCCACUUCACUCGGGGACAAGGGAAUUCCUUUCCGAUCAGUCAGUCUCGAGAGUGAAGCAGCAGGACGGACACCUCACCUCAGAUCUUCCGAGAAUACAGAUUUGCCAGUGGAUAGGUGAUUCGGUCAAUGUUUGUCUGCGCCCUCUGUCCUACUCACAACCAGAGGGCAUUUAACGCAACUUUAUGGAGAAUUCUGACAUGAGAACUAAAGCAACAGGUUUUUUUUUUACUCGUCUCCCUCAGUGUGUUAAAAAAAAAAAAAAAAUAGUACACUGCAGUGAUGGAAAAUGAGCUGCUGUUCUCCUCAUUUCCCCCUUUUUUUCUCUCUCCAAGUUAACAUAUUUUAAAACGGCCCAAAACAGUUAUCGACACUUGCUACACACGCUGCUUGUGUAUGCUGAUCUUUUCUCGCUCCUCUCUCCCAUACAGAAAACGUGUACAGUAAAUGUUGAUGUACAUAACUUUUUUGUCUUAAAAGCAAGCAAAAGAUUAUCGUUUAGUCUUUUGACCAUUCUAUUGUAGUUUUAUCUAAAAAGGAAAAAGAAAAAAGUUUAAAAAAUUGUAAUUUCUUGUUUUUCUCUACUGUUUGUCCAAAAAGAAAAUGUGUCUCCAGCCCCGGAUAUUUUUUGUAAACAUUGUAUAGGUUUGGAUACAGUUGCAGGGGGAGGAUUCAGUGAGGGCUUUACUUACGACGGAAAUCACAACCACGACUCUUCGGGCCACCAUGACGACCCAGCGAGGGCUCAAGGUCAGUGUGUAGGUGAUCAUUGACACCCAGUGACAUCAGUGCUUCUCAGGUGCCAGUAAGAGCAAGAAAAUCCUCCUCACAACAACGGGAAAUGUUGUGCGUUUUCUGGAAGUGAAGCUUCUCAGUCAUUGUUUAGCUCUUGGAAGGAUUAGCACAGAACAUUGGAAGAACCGCAUCAGAGCGCUGCGCUAAUCCUUCUGUUCAGUUGCUCCAGUGUCAUUAGUCAGACCUACUGUUCAUCUCGGAUUUAAAGGAGAGGGGUGGUAGGUUUUUUCUCCUCACUCCAUUGUGUGUUAAAACCCGAUGUCAGAAAAAGUGAGUGAAAACGGUGAAGAGGAAGUCUUUAAACAUAAGUUCUGUGUUUGUACCUGUGAUUGACACAUUGAUGCCCAAUUCAUCCUCUAGUCCAUCAGGAAGGUUAAAACGACAAAUUCGUUCAGGAUAUCACUCGCCAUCCCAUCCCCACCGCUUUACCGUGGUCCGUUUGCUAGCGGAACUUGAUCCUGACGAAGCGGAGUUCUGGUCAUUUUCCAUGUUCUACGUCCAUGAGAGAGUUUCUGGUGCUUUGUGAAAAGAGAAAAAGCUUUUUGACGAGUUGUGCUGGUUUGUGUGCGUAUGCAUGCGUAUGUGGUUGACUCUGUGUGAGCGUGCAUGCAUAGAGAUGGUUUGUGUGUUGGAGAGAGACGGAAUUCCCUUUGUGUUGGGUGUUAACUCUCUGCGCCUCCUGUGGAGGUUCUUAAAGAGGCAUCUCCUGGGGCCACGGGAGGGGGCUGGUCAGGAGACAACUUCUUCCUGGCUUUGGCCCCAACCCUCCAUCUUAAUGGUCUGAAGCUGGGUUUCUCUGUGUUGGUCCUCAGCACAGAGGCUAUAUGUAUACAACAGAGUGUAAAGUGAUGCUAUAGAGAAGCGCCCUCUUCAUUGGAGAAGGUAGAGAGUUGGGACACAGGCUCUUUUUUUCCAGCAUCAGUUUCCCCAACAAAAUGUACAGAGAACAGUUUUGUUUGGGGUUUUUUUUUUCUUUAGUUUUUUUCUUUUCUUUUCUUUCCAAAAGACAUAUUCUUCAUUAUUGGGGGUUUUCUUAUCACUUUAUUUAUAUUUGCAUAUUUGUACCAUGUGAUCUUUUUUUUUAAUAGCAUUCAUAGCAGGUAGGUCUUUUUUGAAUUAAAUCUGCACCACUCUCAGACAACUCAUGUUUUGUUGUUCGGAAACAUUUAACAAAAAAGGUCAUUUAGAUGUUUGUUUCUAAAAAUGUAUUGAAAGGGUAUUUUUGUAUGUGUUUAUCACUUCCUUUAAAUGAAUCCGUACACCAAAUUAAACCCCAAAAAACAA